CACCAGUCUAAACUCACCUUGCUUGCGGCGACGAGGGAUGCCUUGCCUGGAGACCCUCGACGGUUGCUAUGCCCGUCACCGACGAGGACGCGGCUCUACAGGCCGUAGCGACACUUGAAGCCCUCUCUAAUGAGCAGCAGUCCGCCUUGCAAUCAAUCAACACCAUUUUGCAAGACGGGGAACCUUUUGUUGAUGUCCACGAACUGUUCCGGCACUAUGAUGUGCUGUACUUCCGGGGCCUUCUUUCCAGCCGCGUCGAGGUGCUAUGGUCGCCGCGACUGACACUCUGUGCCGGAAUAUGUGAGCUCUCGAGGGAUCCUGCCACUGGGAAGUAUACACGCAUUCGUCUCAAGUUGUCUACGCCCCUCCUCCAGUACCGACCGCGUACCGACACCAUCAACACCCUACUUCACGAGGCAAUCCAUGCCUAUUUCUUCGUGACAACUUCAUGGCAACACUCCCGCGGAGACGACGGGACUGGCCACGGGGCGGGUUUCUUGUUGCUAGCUGAUGCAGUCAACAACCAUGGGAACUACGAGGUGACCGUAUAUCACACGUUCCAUGAUGAAGUGGACAGUUACCGGACGCAUGUUUGGCAAUGUGACGGUCCUUGCAGGCACCGUCCACCUUACUUUGGCCUGGUCAAGAGAAGCAUGAACCGCGCGCCAGCGAAGAGCGACAGUUGGUGGGCGAGUCAUGAGGCGGAGUGUGGGGGAACAUUUACAAAAAUUCAGGAACCGGAACUCACGAAGAAACAACGAAAUGCGCUGAGCAAGAAAGAGAGGGCAGGAUUGCAGAAGAACAAGCUCGACACAUGGAUCAAGCAGGGUAACACGCCGUCACAGGUUCGUGGGGUCGAGAGCGGACAGCCGACGGAGAAGUCAGCGUUUGGAACGCCCCGUCUCAAGAGGAAGGCGGAUAUCAUCAUAGUCGAUAGCCUUGAAGAGGGAAAUCCCAAACGACUCAAAGAGGAGUUAGAGGAGAACGUUGCUGUAGAGGGUAACCUUGUUCAAUGCCCGAUAUGUGCGGAGAAAGUAGUAGACUCGAAUAUAAACGAGCACCUGGAUGUGGUGCACUCCCUCUAAAU